AUGAAUCAACCCAUCCCAGUUUACCUUCCUGAAUCCGGGACCAGCUACCCUGCGCGCCCUCCCUUGGUCCCAUUGCCUGGCGCGGUCAACACCCAGCUAAGCCAGACUCUCCCGAGCGGACCGGUCUUGUCGUCCGACAAACCAAGCAAUAAACGCAAAUCCACUGAAGACCAUGCGCCCCAGGCCGAAGUCAAUCUCGAUGACAUUAAUGUCGAUGGCAUGGUGAUGGAUAACUGCGACCAGGUCAGGCGCAAGAUCAACCGCCUCAUUGACUCGGGUGCCAUUACCAAGACAGCGUUUGCUCGCGAGAUUGGCGUCAGUGCCAAAUCGCUGAACGGCUUCCUGGGCGUCCAUGGUCCAAUGAACGGAGCCGCUUUUGCCGCGUACGACGCUGCCUGGGAGUAUUUCAAGAAGCGCGAGAUUGCCGGCAUCAAGCUGCCAGUCAAGGCUCCAGCCAAGGUUCCAGCGGCCAAGAAGCAGAAGACGGCCACCGCCAGUGCCUCCCCCACUGCCUCCACCAGUGCCGCCGCAGGUACCGCGGCCAGUGCCGCCACCAGCGAGGGUCAGAGCACCGCAACAGCGAGAGCUGCCAGCAGCGGAGCCGUUCCUGAUAUCAGCGACAUUGUCCUCCCGGGCGAGGAAAAUGAUGCAGUGCCCGUUUUUGACACAUGCGACGAGAUCCGAAGAAAGAUCAAUGCCCAUCUCAAGAAGCCGGGCGUCACGCAGGCUCAGUUCUGCCGCGACGUUUAUGCCCAGUUGAAGGGCCCGAGCCGCCCAGGAAAGCCCUUCCAGGGGGUGCAGCUAGCCAGGUUCCGCGGCAUGAAGGGCCCCUUGUCGGGUGCAAAGUCAUCCUUAUACUACGGCGCCUACGUCUUCUUCGAGAAGGUGCGUAUCAAGGAGGGCAAACCCAAGAGCAAGCACCGCCUGGACAUGGAGAAGCAGUGGGAUGCAGAGGGCAUUGACAGGGAGCAUGACCACCGUUCACUGUGA